ACGUCGCAGUCGCGCAGUCGCUCGUUCCCACCUCCGCUGCAGCUGUCACGCGUGUAGAUAGAACACAUUAUUUAAUCGCGAAGAAGAUUCUCUUUGACACUUGCAUCGCCUGAAAUAUAUAAUAAUCUUUGAUGGAGAACGCCGUCCACGCGAUUGUUGUCGGUAUCGUUGACAUUGACUAAUUGGAGCGGCACCGAUGACUCUAUUUAUUUACAAAAAUAUGAAUAAUUAGAAGUCGGUAUACGUAAUGGAGUGAAGUGCUUCAAGACCGAACUAUGAUAAACACUGCCUUAGCUAAACGGAGUUCACGGUGUAAAAUAUCUUUAUUGAUACGAAGUGGAUAUGUUUUUAUUUCGCGAGUGUUUAUAGCAUGUAAACAAGACUGCCGGUAAAACAGUAUAUUAUUAUUACAUCCCAAUACAUUAUCAAAAGUGACACUGCUGCAAAACUGUAACGAGAACGAAAAAAAUGUUCAAAGGAUCGAGCAAGUCCGCGGAUUUUUAUUUUGUUAGAGGAGGCAUGGCGGGCUCCAUAGCGACCAUAGCCAUUCUAUGGGUAUUUUUCCAAACCGGCCAACUAUUCGGACAAUCCCAGAACAAUAAUCGAGCCUUCGAACUGCCCCAUCGCUCGCACAAUUACUUCCACGAUGGAGGAUCGCUGCAGUUGAGACCCGCUACAGGCGACGAAUCACCUUCGAGCGUCAGCACCUUCGCUCACGCCAAAAAACGCGUACUGAAAUCGAUGAACCAGGGCCUCAACGACUCGAUCGAUUUUUCCAAAUUUAGGCUGUCGCUGCAGAGGAGGCUGGAGAGUAAUCUGGUUAACGCGGAAAUUGCACCGCGGCCCGGCACGCCCGCCUACGGCCAGUACGCGCACGAUCGGCCGACCAACGACCAGGCUCUGGACAAGAAUUACGACUCGCUAGUGGCGAUCGGCGCGUCGAUGCAGCUCACUCAGGUCCACUGUCUGAGGUUCGGCCUGAGCGCCGCCGAGUGCUCGCGCUACGUUUCCACCCUGAGGCUGGAUCGGCCGUGCUCCGGCAGCCAGCAGCACAUUCUCUGCGAUCCCUCGGCCAAGUACCGAAGCGUCGACGGCAGCUGCAACAAUCUGGAAAAUCCCCAGUGGGGUAGCGCCUUUACCGCUUACGACAGGAUUCUGCUGCCUGAGUAUACGGACGGCAUUCAAAGUCCCAAAAAAGAGUUCGGAGUUCACGCGCUGCCGAAUCCGCGACUGGUCAGCGCCACCCUGAGCAGUCGUCGUACGGACCGACAGGAGGGGGACAAGACGCUGGCCUUCAUGCAGUGGUCCCGCUUCGUCAGCCACGAUCUGUCCUUCACGCCGACGAGAAAGAUGGUUUGGACCAAGGCGCCGAUAAGAUGCUGCGAGCCGGACGGCAGCUGGCCGGCGCCGCGUUACGUGCACCCUGACUGCCAAGCCAUCCGCGUGCCCGACGACGACGCGGAUUACUCCCGGCACCGAAUCCGAUGUCUCGAUUACGCGCGAUCCAUGACUGCGCUGAGAUCCGACUGCAGCCUGGGACCGGCCGAGCAGAUGAAUCAAGCCAGCCACUUUCUCGACGCCUCGAACGUCUACGGCUCGAGCCAGGCCGACUCGCACAAGAUUCGCUCUUUCCAGGGGGGCCAGCUGCGAGUCGCCAGAAAGAACGAUCGCGACUACCUGCCUCACGACGACGAUUCCUACGUAUCGGGUGACCAGCGGAUCAACGGCGACGUCCAAGCCGCGGCGAUGCAGACGCUGUGGCUGCGCGAGCACAAUCGACUGGCCCGUGCCCUGGCCAAGCUGAAUCCCCACUGGUCCGACGAGACGAUCUUCCAGGAGGCGAGGCGAAUCGUCGUCGCGGAGAUACAGCACGUCACCUACCACGAGUGGCUGCCGCUGCUGAUCGGUAAACGCUACGCCCGUACGAUCGCCGAUCGCUCGCCUCGGAAUCGGUCGGACGACGACGGCUUGUACAACGUGAACAGCGAGCCGGGGGUCUACAACGAGGUGGCCACCUCCGCGCUGACUUUCGCCCACUCCCUGAGGCAGGCCAGCUUGAGUCUGGUGUCCGAGGACGAUUACGACGCGCACAAAUCCAACGAAAGUCUCGAGCUCGCAGCGAGUUUCUACGAGCCGAGAUUACUCGAGGCCGGGGAGACGUUGGACGGACUGGUGCGCGGAUUCGCCCGGCAGAGCUCGCGAAAGCUCGAUUUUACCCUGGCGGCUGACUUGGGGAGCCGGCUGUACAAGACCAACGAGUCGGCGGCGGGCCUGGAUCGGCUGAGCUUCGACAUUCAGCGCGGACGAGAUCACGGAUUGGCCGAUUACAACGACUAUCGACACCUGUGCGGUCUGCGUCAGGCCAAGAGCUUCGACGAUUUCUUGGAUCACGUGCCCGGGGAGAGCGUCAAGUUGCUGCGAAAACUCUACAAGACACCCGGAGAUGUGGAUCUGCUGGUCGGAGGCUUGGCCGAGAGAUCGAUCGAGGACGCGGCGAUCGGUCCGACUUUUAGGUGUCUCAUAGCAGCGCAAUUCUUGAGGACCAGAAGAGCCGAUCGAUUUUUCUACGAUUCCACUAGGCAGCCCAAGCCGUUCACGACCAAUCAAAUGGCUGAACUGAAGAAAGCCACUCUAGCCAGAAUAUUCUGCGACAACGGGGACAAUAUCGCCAAAAUGCAGUCCAACGUCUUUCUCAAGCCGCAAGUGGGAAACGAACUGCAAUCUUGCCAAAACUUCGACGCCAUAGAACGCAUAGAUUUAACCAAAUGGAUUGAAAAUAUCGCAUAUUAGUUUAAACUUUUCAACGCGAUGCAAUUCAAACUGUGAUCGACUUUCGAAAGUGACUUCGAUUGCCAAUAAGAAUCAAAACGAAUGCAAUAAUAUCCGCAAUCAAGUGCGUGAGAUAUAAUUCUUAUGUUAACGUUUUAUCAUUGAUUGUUAAUGAAGUCAUUCAAUAAUUGUUAACGAUGUACAGAUAUCAAAUAAUUCACUUAAUAUUGUGCAUUACGAGUGAGUUAAUGUUGCAUUCGAGUGUAACAAUCGACUGAUCAAAUAUCACAUUGUACAGAUAGUAUAAGGUUUUCAAUUGAAGAAACAACGACGUUUGUUUCUAUCUGCCAAUAUAGCACAUAUUUUGACAAGGAUACCCAUGUUUUUUCCAGCAAAUGGAGAGCAAGUAGCAAGUAGCGAAAAGCUCACGUUGUAGUAAGUUGUGUUAAAGUAUUUUUGAUAAUAUAUUUUUUAUGGGAGUUCAAAUUUUGCUCAUCCAGACUAGUUUGAGUAAAAACAAUUAUUGAUUCAAGUUUCAAAGUGAGGAGCAAUAGUAAACGAUCAUUAUGUAAAUGAGAAAACAAUUAUAUUGCCAAGGUUUGAUUACUUUAGCUUAAGUUUAACUUGUAAUGAAUUGUGAUCAAUUUAAAUUUUACACAUAAGUUACUUCUGUAAAUAAAAUAAUUUUAAAACUAA